AUGUUCCGUAGGAAUUAUGGAUACGCUGCGGCUCGGGCUUACGCCAUUUAUCAAGACCAAGACUUCCUCGAUCUGGCCGUGAUAUCAUGGACUUCUGCGAGGCGAUUCACAUUAUCUCAGGAGCAAAUUGCUUCGGGCACCACAUAUGUUAAGGAAUUCAAUCUCUCAACCUCGUGUCAAGGCGCGACGAUGGCGGGUGGCACUUAUUACAUUACUGGUCCCACUGACCCAAUCAUCUCCAAUAUGGCUACUGGAUUUUUUCUUGUCGUUUCAGCUCUAUUGGCAGAAGUAACAUCUAACCAGACGUAUCUUGAUGCUGCCGUCGAGUCAGCAAAUUUCGUACAGUCGCAUCUUCUCACUCCGUCCGGCGAUGUAAAGCAAUAUAUAUUGUCGGAUUUAAAUAGCUCUUGCACGACAUCUCCAAGGGUAGACGCUCCCAGUACCGGGAUCUUCGUUGAAGGAUUGGUCACUCUAGCGUAUAUCACGCGUAACGUGUCAACUGAAGCCUUAUUACGCAGGACUAUUUUUGCCGUUGCAACUGGUACAUUAUGGCAAGGAUUGGACGGAAUCAUUUCUACUACGGACACUGGAGGGCAUUACAUCGUAUGGGCCUUGACGGCGUUAUAUGAGCGCAAUAAAACAGCCUCAGAUCUUCGCGAGUACAUCAAGGAAUACAUUGGCGUGCAGUAUAAUGCCGUCAUUGAGCAUGCCACCUCAGGCGGGUCCAACAUAUACGGAUCACCCUGGACAGGACCGCCAAGCACGUCAUUCUCCAGUGAUAACCAGACUGUAGCAAUAAGCUCGCUGCUCAGCGCAAUACAGCUUGUAAAUGACCAGGCGUCGUCGAAAUCGAGUGAUAACCCCACUUCAAGUGCUGUCCCUAGCUCAAGUGCAAGCACAUCCCCGUUGCCAACAAAGAACUCGACUGGAGUGAUAGUCGGCAGUGUUGUGGGUGGACUGGCAGUUGUUGUGAUUAUAAUUGUGGGCAUCCUUCUCCUGCGUAGAAAGCAUCGUCGAAAAGGCGACGGACCAUUUUGCUGUGGACAACUCUUCCCCACGAAUGCUUACACCAUUCAUGGCUACAUCAAUUCCUGUUUCUUCGGAGAUAUCAGCGGAGCAUCAUAUGAACCAGGCGAAACAUGCUAGAUGUCCCUGGGGUUACGAAUACAGGAGAGUCCCCUUCAUCCUCAGUUGCAGUGGAGACAGACACGGCGGGGAGAAGUGUGAAUGUACAGAUCGAGUUGACGACUCCACUCGGGGCUGCCGCGAGUUUGCCAAAUCCGGUGCACGCCGAGAGAAGAGAGGAUAUGCCUACACAGGAGCUGUUGAGGUUGCUCAAUGAACGACUGCAGCCGGGUCGACAGAAUGACUUGGAUGAUGAGCUACCGCCAGAGUAUCAAGAAAACCAGACUAUGUGAAUGGGAUUAUACUCUACCGGCUUCACAUUCUCGUCUGCAAAAUUUAUCUGUUUGAAUGUUGUGAUUGCUGCAUAGAAGUGUCAAAGAUAUUACCUUUC